GCCAGAUCGUAGCCAGCUUCAAGGACCAUCUUCUUCGGAGUAUUGGAAAUAGUGGCCAAACGCUGAAUCUCCGUACUCCCAGAGUUCUGAGUUGAGCAUGACUGGGGCAAGUCGCAGCGAGACGCCACAGAAUAGCCCCCUCCCUUCAUCCCCUAUCGUGUCUUUGUCAAAGCCAUCCAAACCUUCGGUUCCUCCACUGACACCCGAGCAGUAUGAGAUUUAUAUGUACCAGGAGGUGGAUACGAUAGAACUAACGCGUCAGGUCAAAGAAAAGCUAGCAAAGAAUGGCAUCUGCCAAAGGAUCUUUGGGGAAAAGGUGUUGGGGCUGUCCCAAGGAAGUGUCAGUGACAUGCUCUCCAGGCCAAAGCCAUGGAGCAAAUUGACCCAAAAAGGCCGAGAACCAUUUAUUCGUAUGCAGCUCUGGUUGAAUGGUGAGCUGGGACAGUGUGUCCUGCCCGCGCAAGGGCAGCAACAAGGACAAGUCCUUCACUCAGUGACAUCAUUGCAGGAUUCCCUACAGCAGGGAUGUGCAAGCUCAGAAAGCACUCCAAAGACUUCUGCCAGUUGCAGCCCUGCUCCUGAAUCUCCUAUGAGCUCCAGCGAAUCCGUGAAGAGCCUGACGGAAUUGGUACAGCAACCCUGUCCUGCUAUAGAGACAAGUAAGGAUGGCAAAUCACAAGAAUCUAGUGAGCCACCCGCCUCCGAAUCCCAAUCUACAACACCUUUGCCUCUGUCUGGCCACUCAGCCCUCAGCAUUCAAGAACUGGUUGCUAUGUCACCCGAAUUGGAUACGUAUGGCAUUACAAAAAGGGUCAAAGAAGUGCUAACGGACAACAAUCUUGUGUGGCUGACAAGCCUAAAAAGCAGCAGAAGAGCCAGGAAAUGUGCCCCAAACUCUGCAUUAGGUCAACGUUUGUUUGGGGAGACAAUCCUGGGGCUAACACAAGGCUCCGUCUCAGACCUUCUGGCUCGCCCUAAGCCCUGGCACAAGCUGAGUUUGAAGGGCCGGGAACCCUUUGUCCGCAUGCAGCUGUGGCUCAAUGAUCCCAACAAUGUGGAGAAGCUGAUGGAUAUGAAGCGAAUGGAGAAAAAAGCCUACAUGAAGCGGCGGCACAGCUCCGUGAGCGACAGCCAGUCCUGCGAGUCCUCCUCGGCCGGCAUCGACUACAGCCAGGGAGCCAGCCCGCAGCCGCAGCACCAGCUCAAGAAGCCCCGCGUCGUGCUGGCCCCGGAGGAGAAGGAAGCUCUGAAACGAGCCUACCAGCAAAAGCCAUACCCAUCACCAAAAACCAUUGAGGAACUCGCCACGCAGCUCAACUUGAAAACCAGCACCGUGAUCAACUGGUUCCACAAUUACAGGUCUCGCAUCCGUCGAGAGCUGUUCAUCGAAGAAAUCCAAGCGGGAAGCCAGAGCCAGGCUGGGGCGAGCGAUUCUCCUUCGGCCAGGAGCACCAGGGCAGCGCACAGCUCGGAGGGGGACAGCUGUGACGGCGUGGACGCCGAAGGGCCCCCCGAAGGGAAGGCCAGCGGCCCGGAGGCGGAUGAGUACAGCAAUGCAACCACAAAGUCUCAGGGAGGGCCAGCAGAGUCAGCUUUCGAGGCGGGGGAAGAGGCACUGCAGGGCACCAGGUCUUCAGAGAAAAGCGAGUCAUUCCACUUGGGAAUGGAGAGCCUGGAGGAUACGGAUGACGAGGGCAGGCUCAAAGCGCCACGGCAAAGCUCUCCACCGGGAUCUCAGCGUUCAGGAGAGAGUCUGGAGACGCUGCCAAACUCUGCUACAGAAGGGGAUGCCUCUACCUCAGCUGCCUCCACCUCAGUCCUUACAGGGGAGAGCUCCUCCAAGCCGAAAGAAAGUUCGGAGAAAAUUCCCAGUGUGCCAAGUACGAGCUCGACGGUGGCCGCAGGCUCGCAGAAAGCCAAUUCGCUUCAGAGCUUGUUCAGCUUCUCGGAGGCGGCGAGCUCCAAGAACACGCGAGACAACUCCUUGAGGAAAAAGAAAGCCGCAAACUUGAACAACAUAAUCCACCGCUUGGAGAAGGCCGCGAGUCGAGAGGAGGCCGUCGAGUGGGAGUUUUGAGAUUAAACUCACCCAACUCUAGCGAGCUGGGCAAGUGAAACUGGACCUCUACUGGUUUUAUUGUGUUGCGCACUUACCGCCCUGCGGGCCACAGGGCAAAAACGCCAUAGGCCAAGGUGCAUAUAGAAAAC